UGUUUGUCAAAUUGUCAUUCAUUCAUCGGAAAUUGUAAUAAAUUCCGAUUGUAUGAAUGUAGUUUGAAAAUUUAUGUUAUAAUUUAUAUAUUCCUUUUCUUCUAUUAUUUGUGUGGUGCAAUAAAACAAUAAAAAUGAAUACUAUAGUGAGUGAGCUUAGUAUGAACGAUUUGAACAAUAAGUUCUUCGAGAUAAUGCAAAACGAAGGAAACGCAGAAGAGGCCGCAAAUUUUAUUUACGACAGUAUAUUUGAUGAUGUGACUUUAGGAUUUAUGUUUGAAUUUCACCAUGGAUUAAAAACUGGACUAACGGAUUUAAUUGAGGGUGAAAAAGAAGAAGAAGAUGGGUACAAGAUCGUCAACUCACCAGAGUGCGAUGUUUUUGGCUUUUCCAUUAUGAAAAAGACGCCUGAUAGUAAUUGUUCAUGUCCAAACUGCGAAAGGCCGGUCUCCGCAACAAGAUUCGCCCCACACUUGGAGAAAUGCAUGGGAAUGGGCCGCAAUAGUUCUCGUAUUGCGUCACGUCGCAUCGCGUCCAACAGUCGGGAGCCAACCUCGUAUGCUGGACUAUUAAGCGACGAUGACGACGACGCCGACUGGGCCGGCGGUUCUUUGCAAAGUGAGCGUCGUAAGAGAAGGAUCAAGAACAAUAAUAAUCGGAAGCCAAACAAGUUACAUAAUGGCAACAACAGAAAUAAUGGCAAUCAAAAUUCUGACUCCAAUGAUGGCAGCGCCACCUAUGAGACAAUGACGGCCAAUGAAAAGAAGAAUCUACUCCUGCAGAUUUGUGGAGUCGUAUCUGAACAUACAAAAAAGUUAUGUACAAGGUCAACUCGUUGCCCCCAACAUACAGAGGAACAACGUCGCGCCCUCCGCAACACUGUCCUCGAACCGUCAACGCCAGAAUCCCAAACGAUAGGACUGACAGCAGAAGAGGCUGGCUCUCCUCCAGACUCCAGCCCAUCCUCGUCAUGCUCAUCAUCGAGCCGCAAACGCGACCGCCAUCGGGCAGUUCCCAAAAUAAAAAACAAACGGGAACGCAACAUGUCUCCCAAUGGUAGGGAAUGAGUUUAAGACUGAGAAAAGAGAAGCAAAACGUUGAUUGUCUAUGCUAUCACUCUAAGCUUAUGCUUACCUAGUACAAGGGUGAUAUAUAAACAGGGUAAGAGAAGAUGGAUGUGAUGUCUAUGGUGCUGUUUGUGUCUAUGGGGGAUUGUUACCUCUCUCCAUUAGAUGGGCCGCAGCUUGUUUGCCAUGUACAUAGUUAAUGCAUUAAAAUUGUGAUGUCAAUGCUCUUCAUUUCUUUGGGCUAAGCUUAUCCUUAGAAUACUUAACAGUUUAGGUUAUCCUAUGAACUGAACGUCAUUGUCGCCGAUUCCAUCACUUGGAUUAAUUGGCUCUGUAAUAAAUCUCGGAACUUUGUCUAUCAAAUUGGCCAUUAUGCAUAAGAUAUAUUUGAACUGUGAUUACAGGUUUUUAUAAAAAAAUAUUGGCUCACUGCAAAUUAAUUGUAACGGAACUGUAGUUCUAGCGAGUCCACAGAUAGAAUGAGACAGCGAUGUGCGCCGUCUCGUUCUUGUUCGUGUGAUCGCUGACCGAAGAUAUUCUAUCGAUAGAUUCAUUUAUACCUUGUAUAGAGAGUCUGAACUGAUUUUUAUACCUACUAGCUUUACUAGUAGUACGUGUAUACCAAAUUUCAUGGUGAUUUUUGCAAUUGGUAAGGCUUCCUGGCUUCGCUUAUGACUAUUUAUUACCAUAGAGAUUGCUGUUUUUUUUUUAUUUUGCACAGCAAAAUUACAAAAUAAUUCCUUUUUGCGAGUGCAUUUAGACUCUACAUUUUAGAGGAUGAUAAGCUCGUUCUUUUCACGUUUGCGUACAUGAUUUUGAUUGUAGUCGGAGUCUAUUUAGGAAAUAUACUUUGCUACAAUAGUGCCUGACAUUUCUAUAAUGUAAAAGGAAAAUUUGACUUAUUAUGUCACUUUCAAUUGUAGAUAUAAUAAAAUCGUAUCAACUAAAUAAUGUUCAUAAAAUUCUUGUCACUAUACAAGACUUGAUGUUAAAUAAGACUAACAAUGGGACCGAUUCUAAGACGUCAUUCCUCUAAACAUAUUUCUUUUAACGUGAAAAUACUGUUUCAUAGACAAUCCUAAACUAAAAUUAUGACAGUUUUAACUUAAAUUCAUUAGAAAAUUAGUUUAUGCGGUACUUGUAAUAUUAACACCUGUGAUAUUAAAUUGAAAUGCUAAAGUUUAGAGUAAUGACGACUAAGAUUGGAACCGAAUGUAUAUAAAAGUAAAUAAAUAUGGAAUUUAAUGUA